CUUUAGUUGACGCAAGAUGUUUAAAAAGAUAUUUGCUGUCCAACUUGAUUUAUUAAUAACAAACAAUGUUUUUAAAACAGCAAAAAGAAAAUAUUCUUUACCUGGCUAUACUAAGGAUAAUUAUUUUGUUAAAAGAGGGAAUUACGGUACCCUAAAGGGACAUCAUGUACUUUUUUUUAAGGAGUUGCUCGGGGAAAAUAGAGUUUUGUCUAAUUCCAAUGACUUAUUAAAAUAUAACGUUGACUGGCGCUCACAAGUACAAGGAUGUAGCACUAUGGUUUUGAAACCAAAAAAUACAGAAGAAGUGUCAAAAAUAUUGAAAUUUUGUAAUGAAAAUAAAUUAGCAGUGUGUGUACAAGGGGGAAAUACCGGUGUUGUUGGUGGGGCAACUCCAGUGUUUGACGAAGUUAUCCUAUCCACUGAAUUGUUAAACAAUGUUAUAAGUGUAAAUGAAACUUCUGGUGUUUUAGUUUGCGAAGCCGGUUGUAUCUUACAAAAUUUAAAUGAACAUAUGGAAGAUAAUGGUUUAAUGGUACCACUGGAUUUAGGUGCUAAAGGAUCAUGUCAAAUUGGGGGGAAUGUAUCAACUAACGCUGGAGGUUUACGACUUUUACGUUAUGGAAACAUGCAUGGAAAUAUUUUGGGUUUAGAAGUGGUUACAGCAAAAGGAGAAAUUCUAGACUUAUUGAGUACUUUAAAAAAGGACAAUACUGGAUACCACCUAAAACAUCUUUUUAUUGGAUCAGAAGGUACCCUAGGAGUUGUUACGAAAGUAGCAAUUCAGUGUAUUCCUAAACCGAAACAUGUUAGUGUGAUAUUUUUGGGACUUCAAAGUUAUGAAAAAGUGUUAGAAACUUUCAAAAAGGCUAAGGAAGAUUUGGGAGAAAUUUUAUCGGCGGUUGAAGUUUUAGACACACCAACAAUGGAUUUUAUCAACACGAGAUUAGAAAAGAAGUCUCCGAUUGGAAACUUUCCAUUCUAUUUAUUAUUGGAGACGUCUGGUAGCCAUCAGAAACACGACGAAGAAAAACUGAAUAAAUUUCUUGAGUCUUCCCUUGAAAGCCAAUUAAUAUUAAACGGUACUGUCGCAUCGAAUGAAAGCAAAGUAAAAGAAAUUUGGUCUCUGAGAGAAACAAUACCUAACGGCUUUAAAAAGGAGGGAGAUCUUUUCCUUUAUGAUGUUACACUCCCUCUUGAAAACUAUUACACCCUUGUUGAUGAUAUGAGAAAAUAUAUGGGUAAUUUGGCGACCAGAGUUUGGGGAUUUGGACACUUAGGUGAUGGUAAUCUUCAUUUACAACUAUCAAUUAACAAAUUUUCAAAAGAAGUUAAAAGUUAUGUAGAACCCUACGUGUUUGAACGAACAAUGGAAUUGAAUGGAAGCAUCAGUGCAGAACAUGGAAUGGGAUUUUUAAAAGGGAGAUUUUUACCUUUGGCAAGGCCAAAAGGUUUCGUAGAUUUAAUGGGAGAUUUAAAGAAAAUGCUUGAUCCGAAUGGAAUUUUAAAUCCAUAUAAAGUAUUCCCAUAUGAGUCACCGAAUUAUUAACUUUAUAAAUUUAAAAUCAAUAAAAUUGUAUUGCAU